AUGUAUCAGUCUCUCGUCUUUGUCACCGGUUCUACCGGUUUCAUUGGAUCGCAAGUUGUAGCGGCUACACUGAGAGCCGGCUAUCGCGUGCGCUUGAGCAUCCGCAAGCCGGAGCAAGAAGCCGCUCUCAAGGCCCGAUACGCUGAACUUAGCGACAAAAUUGAGAUAUGCAUUAUUCCCGAUCUCUCGCGGCCUGGGGCGUUUGAUGAUGCCCUUGUUGGUGUUGAUUAUGUCUUCCAUAUUGCCUCGCCCAUGCCUGGGAAAGGCACUGAUAUUAAGCGCGACUAUGUUGACCCAGCCGUUCAAGCAACUACGUCGAUUUUGCAGGCGGCGUUGACCUUUAAGCAAGUCAAAAAGGUUGUUAUCGUGUCGUCUAUCUUGGCAUUGGCCCCCUUGAAUGCGAUUAUAACUAAUAGUGUUGAUGUGAAAGAGAACACGGGCCAGGUUAUUCCUGUCGACCUAUCAAUGGAUUUCCCCGAAGGCUUCGUGGGCGAAGUGUUGAAAUACUCCGCGUCUAAAAUUCUCGCCCACCAAGCAACGCGUGACUUCCUCGCUGCCAACAGCCCUCAUUACUCAGUCAUCACCCUGCACCCGGUCUUUGUCCUAGGCGACAGCAUGAUUCAGCAAACUGCCAGUGAACUCGAUAGUAUAAACGGGCUCUUCUGGAAGUCGCUCUUUACCGAGAAGCCCCAGCUCUCCAGCACCUGGGUACACGUGCGCGACGUCGCCGAUGCCCACGUGAAGGUAUUGGAGACGGACGUCAAAAGUGGGACGGAGUUCAUUCUGUCGCGUCCUGCUACAUCUUGGGAGGAGGUCGCGUCGUUUGUCAAGUCAAAGUAUCCAGCGCUAGGAUGCCAGCUGCAGCCUCCCUUUGAAAGCGGCUGGACAGUGGAGACUACUGGUGCCGAACAGAAUUUGGGGAUAAAGUGGCGAUCGGAAUGGGAAAUUGUUGAAGAUGUGGUGAACCAGCAGCUGGCUCUUCAGGCGAAAGCAAGCUCCCUCUGA